CAAUCCGAUCAUCCAAGAAUGAUUUUUUAAAUAAAAUAGAUGCUCGUGCCCGAUUCACAAUUAGUUUGAUAAUUCAUUUCGAUCGAUUCUAAUUAAUUGACGAAUCGCUCGCAAACGCAACAUCAACGAUAAAACCAAACCCAGUGUAAUAAUAAUAAUAAUAUUAGUCGUUGUGUAAAGAAAAAUAAAGAAUUCUGUUUUAGUUCCGUCGCUUUGACGUGCCAGCUCAAAAAUGAGGUUAAUGAAUGCAUUGGCGGCAAUUAUUUUAGUUAGUUUUGUGUCGGUGCAGGCAAAUAUUUUCACGAAACAUGGACGAAAUACAAACGUUCCGCCAACAUUGUUGGAUGUAAUGCGACAACGAUAUUUUUCAACCGAAGAUGCUCUUUGGCGUGCCAUUACGGGUGGCUUGGAAAUUUCACAAGUAUUGCAGCAAAUUCACAGUGGUCAUCGUACAUUUUUGAGCGAUAGUUUUGCGGAGCGCUCUUGUUACUUUUCCACAUUUGAUCCGGAUGAAAAGGUGCUCGACGAUACGAUUCGGAAAAUCAAUCAAUCGGUCGCAACAACCAUUGAAAACUACUUACAUUCAAGCCGAUCACGUUUCCGUGAAACCGAUUCACUCGCAAUAAGCGCCCGAAAUUUCAAUUUAACGUUUCAACUGGAUAAAUUAUUUGAAAUCACCGGCACCACCGAUUUCUAUAUGACCAUUCGAAGUAAAGCACAACUUAAGCAAUGCGAUAAAAAUGUGAUGGUCAUUAAAUCGGCAAAUCAACUCAUCUACGAAUAUUAUCACGAUAUUUCAAUGGCUGAACUUAAGGCCUAUGCACUUGUUCAAUUGUCUUUCAUGUUCUUUACUGUGUACAAUCGAGGCAACUUCCGAAAACAGGCACAAGAUUUGCGAGACAAAUAUUUAGACCGAACCCGUCAAACCCAGGAUAUUGUUCGACAUUUGUUAGAAAAUUCGAAGCGUGACAUUUGGCGAUGUGAUCCAAAUCACUAUACCGUUGGAACAUACGAAGAGGUCACAAACUUCUUACAGGGCUACAUUGACAACGAAGUUAACUUGAAUGAAGAAUCAACAUGCCAAAAUACAUGCGAAGAUUAUAAAGCAACGAAAAAUUAUCGAUGCUUUGACGGAACUUACUGUGCACUAAAAUCAGAGGGUGCCGAACGGGAUCGUGCAACGUGCAAAGGAAAAAUUGUCGACUGUCAAUUCAUGGGAAACGAUUUAAAUGUUUGUACAACGCCAAACCAAUUCUCGAGACGGUAUGACGUACUUCACUAUGAUAAUGGAAAUAUUCUUGGUCGAAAUGGAACUGAAGUAUAUGAAAAAUGCGCGGAUGAAUCAACACGGAUACAAUCAUGGACUCGUUGGGUGGUGAAAUGUGCAAAUUGCUUCUGUUUAUGCGAUGAUCAAAAACAUUCGGAGCGACAUUUCAGUUUGCGUGAUGUUGUGUCUGACAUCAAGAAAAAUCGAGUGGUGUCGGCAGUCGCUUUGAGGAAGUUCCAAGGCAUAUUUCAUUUGGUGAUUGUUGAACGUGAACUCAAACCAUAUGCAACGUUAAAUGUAACAAAUCCCACGUGGCAUUUGUACAAUGCCGUUGAAUAUUUUCAUAUUCAUGAUGCGCUUGUACGCGAGGGAAUCGACUAUCACACACUGACCUGGCAGAAUCGUUCAAUUAAUUUAGAUACAGUUGAAGUGCCAACGGGCAAAGUGGUGACAGGUGUCCGUUUUCGUGUGUUUGAUGGUGCAAUCACAUUACAAGUUCGAGCAACGGAUUUCGAUUUCAUUUCGGGACAAUUGAAAAAUGUGGAUCACAGUUUUUGGUAUAUGAAUGAUAACAGUGUAGAACGAACGGAAAUACCAUUAGAUAGUCUUGACAUUCCGACUCUAUCACCCGAAAAAUCGAUUCCAAAUGUAUUGACGAAGCGGUUUGUGAAAUUUGGACCAAGCGAUAAAUAUAAAGAUCUUGCCCAGACCACCAUACCAUUCAUUGACAGUCAAUUGGUCGAAUCACACAAUCCAAUGCCAUUGUCUGGCGUUGGUUUAUUCUGGAAAGCAUUUCCCGGUUACGGCGGUUUUGUAGCACCAAAAAUUUUAAACUAUAACUAUGGUGCACAUAUUGGCGCCUUAAGCAAGUCCUAAGUCUGAAAUCGAUAACAAAGCGAAAACAAAAACCAUAUCCACCUACAAGCCGUAAUUACAACCGGUAAUAAUUAGUCGAAUAAGCCAAAUAAUAUAUUGUAAUGACGGUGUUAACGAAAAAUCGAUAGAAAAAAACACAGGUAUUAUAGCACGGUCAUUUUUUUAUUUAAGUAAUUCACCCAAAAAUCAUUUCUCUCUCUAUACUUUUGUUUUAUUCAUUCCGACUUUGAUUUUUCCGAAUUGAAAUUCGAGGGUUUCCACGCAAAAGAAAUUCCAGCAUAUUGCGUUUUAUUGCGAAUUUUUUUUAGAUCGUGUGCACUCAAUAAAAGGGAGAAAUAGUUUAAUGCGAAGAAGAAUAGGAAGUUGGGAAAGAGUAGACAGUUUAAAUGAACCAAAUAAGUUGAAUAAAUGUAGAGUUUUAUGUAAUAAGUCCAAUAAAAACUGUUUUUAUUUUUAUUUUAUUUUCACCCAAGUAGAACCCAAUAAAGCGGGUCAUGUAAAUACUUAAAAUAAUUCGUUUUUCGUCGACGAAUUGUUUGUCAUUGUAUUGCGUGCAACAAUUACACGCCACAGAUUAUAAUGGUUGCUUUUAAGGGUGCAUGUGAAUAUUCAGCAAUACCCGAGCACACUUCAAAUAGAGUACCAUAAAAUAAUUGACCCAAUAGGUGAAUUGCUGUUUCGUUUUUUUUUGCAUGGAACCGUUUUUCUACUGUAUUUAAAAGAACAAUAAAUAUUCGCAGUGCUUUAAAUGCA